AUGCGGGCAGUCAUUGCCUUAAUCGCUAUGCUCAGCAGCCUGCUUCUCUUCGUGUGCCUCCUUUGGCUCACAGCAGACGGGUCCCUCAGCACCAGGAGCUGGGAGAAGGAGGCCAAAUCAGCUACUGAUGUCACACCUAAAGGGUUGAGAAAACUCAGGUCCCCUUUAACAUCUGUCCAGCUUGCUACUCAAACCGAGAACAGAACAACUCUCAAAAAUGCAAUUUACCAACUUCAACAGGCUUCAAAAUGUAAGGAGAUGCAGGACAACAUUUGGUCUUCAUCUAUCAAGAAGAAAAGGUACUCUGAAGAUUAUUACCUUCAGAUAGUGACAAAAAUACAGAACUGCACAUGGAAAAGAAGACCAGAAGAAUAUACAAAAUUUAGGUUAGAACUAGCUUCCUGCUGUGAUGCUGUUCACAACUUUAUUGCUUCUCAAAACAAUACCCUGCUGGGAAGUAACAUGAGUUAUGAGGUGGACAAUAAAAAGACUAUCCUCAUCACAGAGGACAUUUUUAGGAUGCUGCCUGAGUCCCCACCCCUUUUGGGCUAUCCUUUUAAGCACUGUGCAGUGGUUGGAAAUGGGGGCGUUCUGAAAAAUUCCAGCUGUGGAGCUGAAAUCGAUAACUCUGACUUUGUAUUUAGGUGUAACCUUCCCCCAACCACAGGAAGUGUUAGCAAAGAUGUUGGCAAUAAAACAAGUCUUGUGACUGUUAAUCCAAGUAUCAUAGCACAGAAAUACAACAAGCUGAAUGAAAAGAAGGUGACGUUUCUGGAGAACAUUGCAAGUUAUGGAAAUGCUUUCCUUUUAUUGCCAGCAUUUUCCUUCAAAAGCAACACAGCUGCUUCUUUCAAAGUAUACCACACUCUACAAGAGUUCAGAGCAAAACAGAGGGCGAUAUUUUUUCAUCCCAGGUACCUGAAAAAUCUAGCCCAGUUCUGGAGAACUAAGGGCGUGAAAGCAUAUCGAUUGUCUUCUGGCUUUAUGAUUGCUAGUGCUGCUAUUGAACUGUGUGAGAAUGUGAAGCUGUAUGGCUUCUGGCCUUUCUCUAAAACCACAGAGGAGAUGCCAAUCAGUCACCAUUAUUAUGACAACCAACUGCCCAAGCCGGGUUUCCAUGCAAUGCCCAAAGAAUACAACCAGAUUCUCCAACUUCAUGGGAAGGGCAUUCUGAAGCUGCAGUUUGGUAAAUGUGACUCAGACUAA